GGAUGCUGCGCGCGGGGCCGAGUGCGCCUGCGCCGAUCGCUGGCCCAGGGCGUGUUCCCGGGCGGGGUGCGGGUCCCCGGCCGUGCACUGUAGAUCGAGUGCGUCCAGCUGCUGCCUAUUGCCCGGGCGCUGCCAUCCCAGGUCAUCAUGUCCAAGUCUUUGAAAAAGUUGGUGGAGGAGAGCCGGGAGAAGAACCAGCCGGAAGUGGACAUGAGUGACCGCGGCAUCUCCAACAUGCUGGACGUUCCCGGCCUGUUCUCCUUGGCGCACAUCACGCAGCUGGUCCUCAGCCACAACAAGCUGACAACCGUGCCCCCCAACGUUGCGGAGCUCAAGAAUCUGGAGGUGCUCAACUGCUUCAACAACCAGAUCGAGGAGCUGCCCACGCAGAUCAGCAGCCUCCAGAAGCUCAAGCACCUCAACCUUGGCAUGAACCGGCUGAACACCCUGCCCCGCGGCUUUGGCUCCCUCCCCGCGCUGGAGGUGCUCGACCUGACGUACAACAACCUGAACGAGAACUCGCUCCCCGGAAACUUCUUCUACCUUACCACCCUCCGCGCACUCUAUCUCAGUGACAACGACUUUGAAAUCCUGCCGCCAGAUAUCGGGAAGCUCACAAAGUUGCAGAUACUCAGCGUCAGGGAUAACGACCUCAUCUCGCUGCCUAAGGAAAUCGGGGAGCUGACGCAGCUCAAGGAGCUGCACUUCCAGGGCAACCGCCUGACCGUGCUGCCCCCGGAACUCGGAAACUUGGAUUUGACUGGCCAGAAGCAAGUCUUCAAAGCAGAGAACAACCCCUGGGUCACCCCCAUUGCCGACCAGUUCCAGCUCGGCGUGUCCCACGUUUUUGAGUACAUCCGGUCUGAGACGUACAAAUACCUCUACGGCCGACACAUGCAGGCAAACCCUGAGCCGCCGAAGAAAAAUAACGACAAAUCAAAAAAGAUCAGCCGGAAGCCCCUGGCAGCCAGGAACAAAUGAGGAUCUAGCAGCCACACGUUGGGUCUCUCCUCCCUCUGCAACCUCUGACCUCGCUCCGCGUGUUUCUUUCCACUUGUUCUUUCUAGUCUUUUCUACCAUGCCUUUCCGGUUCUUUUUUGAGGUGGGAGAUUUGUGUAAGUCCUUCCAACCAUUUCCAUUUCUUUCUAAAUCAGCUGCAAAUUCCACGGUAGGUAAAACUUCAGCGCUUUGAAUAGAGGUUCACAGAAGUUGCUUAUUACUGAAAGACUAAUUACAAUGGAGUAACCAUGUAAACGUCACCACUGACACUUUUCACCCUUCUGUUACUCACAUCACCUAUUAUGUGCCUUUAAGAAUUUCCUACACCACUGGGAUAUUAUGUUCCCGUAACUUACAAACAAUUGUACUAAGAUGCAGAAUGUGUACGCCAUGUUGCCUGGGGAAUAAAGAACAAUUCGUAUAUACUUUCUGUUCACCCCCCUGUACGAUCUUGUCCAGUGUUCUCGAGUGCAAAUGAACGCCAAAACUUUCCGUGAAGAAACACAAAAUUUAAUGCGUUCUCAUAUUGCUAUGCCAGGGAGGGGCUCCCCAUACCUCCAUCCCCCGCCCCCACCUUUGAAGACUGUUUCUAAAUUAGGAAACACCAGAAAAACAAAUCUCUGAGAGAGUUUUGCCAAAGGACUUUGGAAAGCAACAGCUGAAGAAUCGCUGAGGAGAUAGUGACGCUGCCAACGGCCAAUAGACAGGAGAUCCCCACUGAGAGAGGGAAACUACACCAGCACGUUUCUUGCCACUGCAGGAAAAAACGCACAGUGUGUGUGUCUGUGUGUCCUCAGGGCCAUGGAUGGUCCCCGUGGAGCUGCAUCAACAUGCCCCCUCCCUCCCACGCAGUAGGCAUCCUGCUAACCCCAUCCGGAGUGCUGGGCGCUGAUGGAUGUGAAUCUAGGUCCAGGCAGAAAUUUUGUGCUCAAAGGGAAGGCUGCCACAUGAGAUUGUCUGGAGACAGAAAAUGACUGGAAGUGCUACAGGCUGGGGUUUCCCAUGCAUCCUCUCCGGUCCAUUUUACAGCCGAAGCCCAAGACUAAGGACACCCCAGGAGAAAUGGGUCAAGUGGGUAGAGAAAUUCCCACAGGCCACCACCCACAUUCCUUAUCUCUGGGGCUCAGGAAACCAAAGGUAGUGCCUGAGAUAGAACCCAGACAGCUGCAUGUAAAGCAAGUGCCCUAACCACUGUACCAUCUCUCUGGCCCCUCUGCCUGGAUUUUUAAAAAAAUUUACGUAUAUAUCCAUUAUUGACAGCAUUAUAAAUCACAGUGUUUCAUUAAAGGAAAAAUGAAGAAAUAUUUGUUUAAAAAAUCUUUUUAGCUUAUGAGAUUUCCAGAGGAACAAUGGCAUUCAUUUAUUGAACAGACUUCAUCUAAAAUUAAAUUACCAACAAGGACAUUCGGUAGAAUAUCACAAUAUGCUUUUAGGAGUCUUAUUUUUUUAACCCCUUAUUAUUAGAGAAAUGCAUAUCAAAACCACUUGAUAUUUUUUCUCAUGUGGAUUUGAAUGGCUGAUCUCCAAAAGUUAGGAAAUAGGAAGUGUUGGUAAGUUAGAGUCAGGAGGAAAGGAACCCUGCAAUCUUGGAAGGACUCUAUAUUGGUGUAACUACUGUGGGAGCAGAAUUAAAACUGGAACCUGUCAGAUGUGAUGCUGCAGUUCCAGAUGUGACUAUCCAGAGAAUAGGAAAGCAGGAAUUCAAAAACAUGUAUGCACUUCUGUGUUCUCUGCAGUUCUGAUCACAGUCACCAAAUUUCGAAAGAACCUAAGUGCCUAUCAGCAGGUGGCCAGAUAAAGAAGAUGAAGGUUGGAUUAAAAUAAAAGGAAGGGGGUAUGUAUAUAUGCAUAAAGAAAUGCCACGAAACCAUAAGAAAAAAAUGGAUGAGUCUUAAGAGGAUUUUUUUAAACGAAGAAAAUGAGAAAGAUGAAUACAUAAUUUUAUUCAUAUGGAAUAUAGGGAAAUAAAAUCUUCCAUUCUGACCAGUGAAAGCUGGUCACAAGAUGGGAUAGAACAGGGAGUUAGUGGCCUUUGGUGGUGGGUCCAUUAUAUAAGCAGUUUCCAGAUAAGAAACUAAACAUCAGAAAAUUAUGGCAUUCCAAACCAAUGUUAUCACAGUAUAAAGUAUAUCUCCUUGAAAAGUAGAAAUAUGGUCCCACAAAUUCCCCAAGAAACAUGGGGCAGGGGGGAAGUCCACACUUGCAGGUCAUUGUAAAAACACGAAGAAAAUUGAAAAUUGAAAUACCUAACAAUGAGACAUGUGCCAAUACUUCAAAAAGUGGUAUUUACUGUUUGAGGAAUUCUGUGAGCUCUUUCUUACACACUGCUGUGGGAAAGAUGAAAUUCCACCCCCUCAGAAAGGUGAUAAACAUUUUCUAUGUACCACGACCUAAAACAUGAGCACUCUGACCCAGCAUUUGUAUUUCUGGGAUCUUACCUUGAGGAAAUGCUCACAUGUUCACAAAGUUACGCUUGCAAAUCGUCUGCGUGCCAUUGUAUGCUCAAUGGAAAUGGGAGACGCCAAGCACCCGCCAAUGGAAGAAGGGUUCGUUGUGUUUCCAUCCUCACAGGGGACAUUUCUCAGGCAUUAAAAAGUGUUGAGCAGGAGGUUAGAGAGAUCAUACAGUGAGUGGGCACUUGUCUUGCAUGCAGCCAAGUUCAACCCUGUGGUCCUUCCAAACUUGGCCAGGAGCUGAUCCCUGAGUACAGAGUCAAGAGAGAGCCCUGAGCACAACCAGGGGUGGUCCAAGAACCAAGAGAGAGUUAAGCUUUAUCCAAAGGUAAAAGAAGAUGAUCAUUUCAUCUAUUUAAACAAAAACACAAGACUAUUUUUGAAUGAGAAAAUAUUCUCGGUCAUGUAAAAAUGAAUCUGUGAUACGGAUACAUAGAGAAAUGAAAUGGAUGAAUUUUAUGAUUGAUGAAUUAUCUCUGUAUGGUGCAUGAAGAUUUUUUUAAUUUUUUUUCACUUUGUACUUAAAUUUUUCUCUAAUGAACAUGCUAUACUUUUGUAAUCAGAAAAUAUGAAAUGCUUUUU